UGUUAGAUACCUGAGUAGAAGAAACAUGUCCGAUACAGAUGACGACGCCGAUGUUGCCCCCGCGGUCGAUCUGCCUGCCAAGCCUUUAACUGCAGAUCUCGUCAGUUCUCAUAUCUCCCUCCUCGCACGCACCGGCAACGGCCUCUCUCAUGCCUAUACACGCCUCGAAAUCCACGACGAAGGUCUAACUGAUGUGAACAUUUUAGAGUCUUAUCCUCACCUGCGCUACAUUGAUCUCUCGCUGAAUGCGCUGGACGAUGUUACGGCGCUGAACAGCCUGGAAUACCUCCUCGCAUUAGAUCUUCAUUCAAAUCAUUUGAGAAAUAUUCCAGCUGUACUGGAUAAAAAGAAGUAUUUACAGCAUGUGAACUUGGCGAGAAACAAGAUUGAGAGAUUUGAGGUGACGUCUUGGCCGCUUUGCGCGUGGCUGAACUUGAAUGAAAAUAGCCUUCCAUCGCUCGCCCUCCCGGACUUUUCAUCCCUCCUCCAUCUUGAAGCACGCUCCAAUGUUGCCAAAUUAGUGUCACCUCUGAUGGCUCCAAAGCUCCAAAAGCUUUAUCUUGGGAACAAUCCUUUGGAGAAGCUCUCGAACAUUGAUCUUGAAGGAAAGCCGUUUCUCCAGCUUUUGCAUUUGAGAGAAUGCGGAAUUAAGAGUCUCGAGACAGGGAAAGGCGUGAUGGAGGGGUUGAGAAGUUUGGUUUACUUGAACUUGAGAGACAACAAGAUACAAUCGCCAACACAAAUCGAUCACCUUCAGCCCCUCAGUCGCUUGAAGAUUCUCGUACUAAUGGGAAAUCCGAUCGACCAGCAUCCCUCAUACCGCCUCGAAAUCGUUCAUCGUCUGCCAAAGCUCGAGCGCUUGGAUAAGGAUCCUGUGACUGACGAAGAAAGAGAAGAAGCGGAGCAAUACCGGCUUCAGCUAGAGCGAGAGAACGCAGAAGCCGCCGCAAGUGGGGCUACAGUAGGUGAGGAUGACGAAGGGGAAAGCCAAAAGGAAGGAGAUGAGGAAGGCGAUUAAAUGUGGUCGGUGCAGUGGGGCGUAAAACAGGAAAGAUUUAGGAUGAUGCGAAAUAGAUGUGACCUCCAAAGCAAGGAAAAUCAAAGAAUCCUUCAUCUGUGACAUCUUGACAGAACAGGAUGGAAGACCCAGCC